AUGUCUUCCGCUGUGGUACAUGGCGACGAUCUCGACAUGGAGCCUACGCUCCAGUCGGUCCUCAACCAAAACACACUCCGUUGGAUCUUCGUCGGAGGUAAGGGAGGUGUGGGUAAGACCACCACCUCGUGCUCGCUGGCCAUCCAGUUGGCCAAGGUGCGCAAGUCUGUCUUGCUGAUCUCGACCGAUCCCGCACACAACCUGAGCGACGCUUUCGGUCAAAAGUUUGGAAAGGAAGCGCGUCUGAUCGAUGGGUUCUCGAACCUCAGCGCGAUGGAGAUCGAUCCCAAUGGCAGCAUCCAGGACCUGCUUGCCACUGGAGAUGGCCAAGGCGAAGACCCCAUGGCGGGGUUGGGCAUGGGCAACAUGAUGCAGGAUCUGGCAUUCAGCAUUCCCGGUGUUGACGAGGCCAUGUCCUUUGCCGAAGUCCUCAAGCAGGUCAAGUCGCUCUCAUACGAGUGCAUCGUAUUCGACACCGCUCCGACCGGCCACACCCUCCGCUUCCUCCAAUUCCCCACCGUGCUCGAGAAGGCGCUAGCGAAACUUUCCCAGCUGUCCUCUCAGUUUGGCCCGAUGCUGAACUCGAUUCUGGGCGCUCGUGGCGGUCUGCCCGGAGGCCAGAAUAUGGAUGAGCUGUUGCAGAAGAUGGAGUCAUUGCGUGAGACUAUCAGCGAAGUCAACACGCAAUUCAAGAACCCGGACAUGACCACCUUUGUUUGUGUCUGCAUUGCGGAGUUCUUGUCGCUCUACGAGACGGAACGUAUGAUUCAGGAAUUGACCAGCUACAACAUUGACACGCACUCGAUCGUUGUCAACCAGCUGCUGUUCCCCAAGGAGGGAAGCAACUGCGACCAAUGCACUGCCCGGAGAAAGAUGCAGAAGAAGUACCUCGAGCAAAUUGAAGAGCUCUAUGAGGAUUUCAAUGUAGUCCGCAUGCCGAUGCUUGUUGAGGAAGUGCGCGGGAAGGAGAAGUUGGAAAAGUUCAGUGAGAUGCUGGUGAACCCAUACGUGCCUCCUCAGUAA